AUGAUCAGAAGAGGCCCGAGACGAGACUUCUGGCGAUCUUAUGAGUUAUGCUUUGCAUCUGUAGUGAGACCGCGACAUCAGAAAAAAACCCAGUGGCAGCUUCAUUUCAAAGAAAGGGGAGUGAAGACACUCGCAAACUUGAACGUUUGGAAUGAGAAAGUUGGCAACUUUCUGACACUCGCAUUCUCGUUCCUCAGAGGGCAGGCCCAUUGGACACACGCAUUCGCAUUUUUUAAAUGA